UCGUUUACCCGCAAUCUCUUCGUAAUUGGAUUACUCUUUACCGUAUUGACUUCCAGCCGUUCACCGAUCACGGCUCUAUACCAGCUUUCACGAAAAUGGUGGUUCAAAGGACCGCGUCCAUGCCAUCGAGACCGACAAAAGGAUCGACCGGCGAAGACGGCACCUUCGUGUUUCCCAGGUACGAAAAUCCGCGACGAAGUAUCGGGUAUCAGGAGAAAACCGCAAAACGAGAGACUCCACGCCGGGAAAACGACGCGGAUUCAACCGGAGAUAUCGUUUUCCCGAACGACGAAGGUAGCCUGCACAGGCCUCCGCAAUCUUUCACUCCGGGACCAGCACCGGAAUGCAAGACCAAAACAUACUGCGAAAAAACGGCAUUUUACCCCGAAAAUUACGUGAGCACCGUAAUAAGGGAACACGACGAUCUCAAGAUGCUCGCUGUCGUCGAUGCGGUUGAUUAUAUCGCUCAGAGGAUCGACGUCGAUGACAGUACACCUCUAUGCACAGCGGAAGAGCAACUCGUCUACCCAACGGCCGCUCAAAACAGAGCGAAUAAUUGGUUGUUCGUCGUGAACCAAGAAGGAUUUCGACAGGGCGUUCGAGUAGAGACUUGCCAAACCGACGAGGGUGAAUGCGCGGUGAUAAGCGGUUGGGCAUUCGGAUAUAGAUCGAUAUGUAAGCAAAAAUAUAUCCUCCGACAGCUGACGGCGAUCAGCCCGAACGGGACGGUGAUUCGCGAUAUGUUCAGACUGCCGUCGAGUUGCUGUUGUCAAGUGAAAUUGGAGUCUACUUACAAUUCGCGAAUAGGAAUCAACCAGUCAUCGGACGAUCAGACUUCGACUCCCGCGGCGAAACGGCGAAAGAGAUAACUUCAAAAAUAACUGAAAAUAUGAAAACGAGUGUGAAAUUUCAAUUGCACAAAUCAUAUCGUGUAUUUUGUUAUUUUAUAGCUGUACUGCACUGUGAGCGAAUCGCAGGUAUAUGAAAGUAUCGAAUUACUAGCGCAAAGUUAUGAAGUAUUAACGAAGUAUCUGAGAACAGCCAGAGGAAACCAAAGAAUUUUUAUUUUAUUUUUAAUCGUGCCGUUUACAAGUGGGAUAUAAUUCUCCACAGAUUUUAGAAAAAAAGAAAAAAAUUAGUAAUUGUUACCGAUGUGCCAUAAUCGAAAUAAAAUGUAAAGCGAACAUUUGUAGGAGAAUCAGCUACGUGGCAAUGAUCGAUUAUACCGUAUACGGCGUUCACUUGUAAAUAUCCCGAAUUGUAGAAUAGGUGAAAUUUAGUAAAAAUAAUUGAACUGGCUUGGCUGGUCCGACCGCGAUUGUAUCUUAUUUUUUUAAUGCACAUAAUUGUAUUAUAAUAUAUAGUCAUAUCCGUAAUGUCCAUAAUUACAUUGUAUGAUAAUGAAAUGUAGCUGAACCGUAUCACCGGAGCGUAUGCGGCGAUUAUAAUUAUAUGAGAAAUUUGUCUUUAUUCAAAAUAUAUAUUUACUCCAUUAAAUAAACUUUGAAUUCACA